AUGUCAAUCAAGUGUCAGGCACAGAAAUGUCAAAUAUUGGAUGGUUAUUUGUUGAGAUUAUUUUCUGUUGUUGUUAUUAAAUUGCCUAUAAAUAAUAGAUUGUAACCUAGGAUAAAUAAGCGCACAUGUCGCAUAGUUAAAGCCGAAGUGUUUAUAUAAAUAGCAGUAUGUCAGAAUCCUCUAAAUCCAAGUCUUCCUUAAACCUAAAUCCUUCGCCUACUUUACAAUGCAAGGAUCUUCACGAAUAUCUAAAAAGCAGAUCUGCACAGUUCUUAGAGACGCUCUAUAACUAUCCUACAAUAUGUCUAGCUGUUUACCGUGAGUUGCCAGAGCUAGCUCGUCACUUCGUUAUCAGACUACUGUUUGUGGAGCAGCCAGUUCCUCAGGCAGUUGUCACCUCCUGGGUCUCACAGACUUUUGCCAAAGAGCAAGCCAAAGCAUGUGAAGCCCUGUCAGAGCUGUCAGUAUGGCAGGAGGCUCCCAUACCUGGGGGUAUGCCCGGCUGGAUGCUGGCUCAGUCCUUCAAGAAGAACCUCAAAGUUGCACUACUUGGAGGUGGCCGUCCUUGGAGUAUGUCAUCAUCACUAGAACCAGAUGGCAAGGCCAGAGACGUGGCUUUCCUAGAUGCCUACGCCCUGGAGAGAUGGGAGUGCGUGCUGCACUACAUGGUGGGCAGUGCACAGACCGAGGGCAUCAGUGCUGACGCUGUGAGGAUACUGUUACAUGCUGGAUUGAUGACCAGGGAUGCAGAUGAUGGAUCAGCAGUUAUCACUCGAGCUGGCUUCCAGUUCCUGCUACUUAGCACUGCCAAACAAGUAUGGUUAUUCCUGCAACACUACUUGCACACGGCGGAGAAGCGCAGCCUGAGCGCGGCCGAGUGCCUCGCCUUCCUCUACCAGCUCAGUUUCAGUACUCUUGGCAAGGAUUACAGUACAGAAGGCAUGAGUAACAACAUGUUGGUGUUCCUGCAACAUCUCAGGGAGUUUGGACUUGUAUAUCAAAGAAAGCGCAAAGCAGGUCGUUUCUACCCGACUCGGCUAGCCCUGAACAUAGCGGCGGUGCGCGGAGGAAGUGCAGGCGGCGCCGUGAGCGUGGCGGCGCCGGCGCAGCGCGGGUACAUACUGGUGGAGACCAACUAUCGCGUCUAUGCUUAUACGCAAACCAGCCUGCAGGUUGCAUUGUUGGGGCUGUUCACUGAGCUCAUGUAUAGGUUCCCGAACCUGGUGGUGGGCGUGCUGACGCGGGAGUCGGUCCGCGCGGCGCUGCGCGGCGGCAUCACGGCCGAGCAGAUCAUACACUACCUCGACCAGCACUCGCAUCCACAGAUGUUAAAGUCAGAGACAGGCGGUAUUCGGUCGUCGUCGACGUUGCCGCCGACCGUGGUCGAUCAGAUCAAGCUGUGGGAGACUGAGCGAAACCGAUUCACUUACACUGAAGGCGUUGUCUAUAACCAGUUCUUAUCACAGGCGGACUUCGUAGUGCUCCGCGACUACGCGCGGCAGCAGGGCGUGCUGACGUGGCAGAGCGAGCGAUCCCGCACCAUGGUCGUCACCCGCCACGGACAUGAUGACGUCAAGAAGUUCUGGAAGCGGUACUCCAAGACAUCGUAGUCACUACACGACAUGUAAUCAUGAAAAAAGUAAUGAAAUUUCAAGAUGGGUUUAGAGACUGCAAAAAAAUCCUGAAGAAAUUUUUUAUGUUCCAAAAGGAUCUUUCUUUCUUUGAUAACCCCUGGAUGGAACCUGAAAAAAAUUAAUUAAGUAGGUCUUUUUCUGUCGGCUUUAUGGAAGAAGCCAGUUGUUAUACGUUUGGGCAGUUAAAAAAAUAAGUAAAAGUUAAAAAAAUAUGCAAGACCUACUCAGAUAAACCUGUGUAUAGUUUACAAUAAUUGUGAUAUGAUUAAUAUGACAGCAGGCAAUAAACGUAAUAGACUGACGAUGAUAAUUACAAAAUGAUUCACGAAAUAAGGAGUAAUAUUUCUCGCAUUGUUUUCGUGUCGCAGCAUUAUGCGUUGAUGCGCUCUAGUAUUGUAAAUAAACUUAUUUUUUAUAAGA